AUGAGACACGAAGGUCUUACAAAGGCGCAGAGCUCCCUCCUUUCCCAGGCCCGUAUCGGGGAUAUAGGCCUCCGGGACUACCUGUUCAGGGUGAAAGUCCCGGAGGUCCGCACCCCCUAUUGCGAGUGCGGGAGAGGCAGGGAGACGGUGGAGCACUUGGUGGUUUGGUGCCCCGACCCGCCGUUACAAAGGCCGUGGGACGGCAGAGAGAUUCGGUCACAUCGGGACCUACAAACCGUAUUACGGGGAGCUGGCCAGAAGGCUGGAGCUAGAAACAGUGGAUGGGGAGGGCUAGAGGGCCCGGAGGCCGGCAAAGGGCCUCCUUUCUUUUGCAACGGAGGAAUUAAGGGUCAGUUCGCCGCGACGAUUAACGAUCUUCAGGCUCAUCUUCAGGCCCACGCCCGGAGGCUUGGUUUAGCUGUCAUCCGACGUAACGGAGGCAACUAUCGGGAAGAUCCAAAGAAACUCACGCGCUACAAGAUCUGCUGCGACCGUGACGCUAUUCGCAAGGCUGAAGGUUUUGGCAACCGCAAGACAGGCAGCUCAAAGAACGAUUCCCCCUACUUCUUCCCUCUUUCUCGCUGCACCAUUUACCUCUUGCAGACGAAUCUCCUCCAGACCAUCUCAAAGCAUAAGGCCAUCCGAUCACGUGAGGCAGCUUUCAUCGUUAGAGAUGCUGUGCCUGGGUCUCUCGUCAAACAAGAAGACAUCGACAACGCCCGCCAGCGCCUACGUCACACUGCGCUUAGCGGUAGGACCGCUGUCCAACAGUUCAUCAGCAUCCUUAUCGACAUGGGCUACAAGCAUCGCAUCCAGUGGGCCGAAGAGGACCCUACCCGUCCUGUUGCCUUCGUCUGGACUUACCCGUGGUGUGAAAGUAUGUGGAAGAGAUUUCCAGAGGUCAUCGGCUUAGACAACACCUACAAGACCAACCGCUUCAAGAUGCCGCUCUUCCAGGUUACUGGCACAACAGAUAUUGGCUCCUUAUAUAACUGUGCCUUCGGUCUCGUGUCAACUGAACGCUGCAACGGCUACAAUUUUCUCCUUGAGUCUAUCGAAUCGAUUCGGGCCGAAAUCUACGCCGAGCGUCCUAAGGUCGCGAUUACUGACUUUGAAGAUGCCUUACGGUCAUCCGUUAUGGACAUCUGGCCUGACACUCAACUUCAACUCUGCAUCUUCCACAUUAACCAGAACGUCAGCCUCAAUGUCAAACGGAAGUGGAAAGGGCCUGGCGGCCCUGCUGAAGACAAGAGAUCUCAACGAGCCCUAUUGAAAGCUGUUGGUCAGAGAAUUCCUGCUGCAAGCGUGCCCACGCGGCAUCAAAGUCCUCCUCUGUGUUGGGCUCCCACUAGUGCCCCGCGCCUCCAUCAACGCCAUUGCCAGAACUAA